CGCGCGGCGAUGCGGCUGCGCGUUGCGGCAGAGACGUUGCUGUGGUUGAAAGUUUCUGUCCCCAGAAUAACGCUUCACAUUUUGUCGAAGCUAGUUAUCGGUCGAUAAUGUUGCACUUCAUGGGAGACAGGCUGUCUCGGAAAUUUUACUGGUGACAUUGAAAAGGAGCAGCGUGACCAUGGCCGUCGCAGUUGCUAGCACCACCGAGCUGCCCUGCCCGGGGUCUGGGGUCAGUCUGUAUCGAAGAAGCAGAAAGGAGUUUGUGCCUUUGGAGUCGACGUACUAGCCUAACGGCGACUAUAAUACCAAAUCGACAGGGGAGACUGUUUACCGCGAUGCCCCCUCUUUAACGACAGGAUACUAAUUCUCAUAUCGGAUCGGAUUUAGCGGUCACCUCCAACAUGUCUGAUCAAAACUACUACUGGACCGUGCUGCCGAGCUACAAAACUAGUUUUGUGACCGGGGCCAUGAUGAAAAGAUCGAAAAGUUCCCGUAACAACAAGAGAAGGAGUUUGGCGGUCGGGACCCCAUCGCCCACGCUGUCACGACCGCUUUCACCUCUCCCACUCGCCACAGCUGGUAGCAGUCCUUCAGAAAGCCCCAGAAAUGUCUCUGCUAGCUCUUCUGCCAAUUUCCAGUUUGCCCGCAGUCAACUGGCCCGGACUGAAAGCAGGGCAGAUGGGCGAAGGUGGUCGGUGGCAUCUGUUCCCUCCUCUGGAUACUGCACAAACGCACCAAGUUCAUCAGUAUCUUCCUCUUCUUCACAGGAGUUGUUGCACCAGUUGCCCUUUCAGCCCACGCAAGAGGAUCUUCACUUCCUCUUCAAACAUUUUCCGAGCCCAGAAAGUGUGGCAGAUGAAGAAGGAGCCCACCCCAUGCCCCCUGUCAGGGUCCGCUCACGCAGUCUCAGCCCUGGACGGACCUGUGGGGUGUUUGACAAUGAGAUUGUCAUGAUGAAUCACGUCUAUAAAGAACGUUUUCCUAAGGCGACGGCCCAGAUGGAGGGUCGGCUGCUCGACAUCAUUGCAGAGUGUUCCCCAGACACCGCUCUGCCCCUGGCUGAUGGUGUGCUUGGAUUCAUUCAGCACCAGCUGGUGGAGCUCGCCAGAGACUGUCUGGACAAGUCACAGAAUGGCCUGGUGACCUCCAGGUACUUCAUGGAGCUGCAGGAGAAAUUGGAGAAGCUGUUGCAUGAGGCGUAUGAGCGCUCAGAGAGCGAGGAGGUGACCAUCAUCACCAAACUGGUCAAGAAGAUUCUCAUCAUCAUCUCCAGGCCUGCCAGGCUGUUGGAGUGUCUGGAGUUUGAUCCAGAGGAGUUUUACCAACGUUUGGAAGCUGCAGAGGGUCAAGCCAAAGUAGGACAAGGCAUCAAAACUGAUAUUCCCAGAUACAUAAUCAGCCAGCUGGGCCUUACGAGAGAUCCCCUGGAAGAGAUGGUUCAUUUGGAGCAUACUAGCCCGAUUCACAGAUCAGCGAGCAGAGAGUCUGAUGACACUGGAGAGGCAACAUCUGCACAGAGCCGUGUAGCCUGCACCCCUCCUCGUAGGAAACCACUGGAAAGCGACUUUGAGACUAUAAAGCUCAUUAGCAACGGCGCCUAUGGGGCCGUAUUUCUGGUGCGCCACAAAGACACUCGUCAGCGUUUUGCUAUGAAGAAGAUCUACAGGCAGAAUCUGAUCCUUAGAAAUCAAAUCCAACAGGUGUUCGUAGAGCGAGACAUCCUCACCUUUGCUGAAAACCCAUUUGUGGUUUCCAUGUUCUGCUCUUUUGAGACACGGAGGCACCUGUGCAUGGUUAUGGAAUAUGUGGAAGGUGGAGAUUGUGCCAAUCUGUUGAAGAAUAUCGGUGGACCUCUGCCUGUGGACAUGGCCAGGAUGUAUUUUGCUGAGACUGUCUUGGCUUUAGAGUACCUUCACAACUACGGCAUUGUACACAGAGACCUCAAACCUGACAAUUUGCUGAUCACCUCCAUGGGACAUAUUAAACUGACAGACUUUGGACUUUCAAAGAUUGGCCUAAUGAACAUGACAACUAACUUGUAUGAAGGACACAUUGAAAAGGAUACUAGAGAAUUUAUUGACAAGCAGGUGUGUGGUACUCCAGAAUAUAUCGCUCCAGAGGUGAUCCUGAGGCAGGGCUAUGGGAAGCCUGUGGACUGGUGGGCCAUGGGGAUCAUUCUUUAUGAGUUCCUAGUGGGCUGUGUGCCUUUCUUUGGAGACACACCAGAGCAGCUCUUUGGUCAAGUGGUUAAUGAUGAUAUUAUCUGGCCGGAUGGGGAGGAUGCCCUGCCAGCUGAUGCUCAGGACCUUAUCACCAGACUUUUGAGGCAGAACCCUCUGGAGCGCCUGGGAACAGGUGGGGCCACUGAGGUAAAGAUGCACAAUUUCUUCCUUGGCCUGGACUGGAACGGUCUCCUGAGGCAGAAAGCUGAAUUCAUCCCACAGCUAGAGAGCGAGGAGGACACCAGCUACUUUGACACCCGAUCAGAGCGAUACUGUCAUCUGGGCUCAGAUGACGAUGAAACAAAUGAUGAUGAAUCAUCUCUGGAGCUACGACAGUUCUCCUCUGUAGCCCACCGCUUCAGCAAGGUGUACAGCAGCACAGAGCACCUGUCCACCUCGACUCCAUCCAAUCUGAGCCUGUCGUCAUCAGACCGAAGCCACAGCGAGGAGAAGGAGGACCGAUGGGAGGGCAGGGGAGUCCUUUCCCCUGGUGACGGACACAAACAUUUGGCGAGUGGAGACAAGAGGGCAGAUGGACACAGGGGGAGUCUCCGUCCACGUGCGUCAUCCAGCUCCUCACAGUCGGAACGCAGCACCAGCCCACUGGUAAUGAACAACACCCAGAGCUUUGACAUCAUGCCUCGAGUUGCCAUCCCUGCUGAUGAGGAGGAUGGGAUGGUUUCCAACCUGCGCCGCAUCCGUCUCCGGAGCAACAGCACAGGUACGAGGCCAUCCUUCAGGAGGGGGGCAUCUCGACGCAUCGCACAUCAGUUAGAGACCCCAGAGAAACCCAGGUCCCCCUCUGGAAAAGUCCCCAAGUCUGCGUCAGUCUCUGGCCUUUCACUCAUCAUUACCCCAGAUGACUCAGGAGGUCCUCCUACGAGCCCCAAAUCUUCUUUGUCCCUAUCAUCCAACCCCUCGUCCAGAGACUCGUCUCCCAGCCGCGAUCUGUCCGUCAAUGUCAGCUGCCUCAGGCCUCCAGUGGUUAUCCACAGCUCUGGGAAAAGGUUUGGGUUUGCGCUGCGAGCCAUCAGAGUCUACAUGGGAGACAGUGACGUCUACACCGUUCAUCACAUGGUCUGGUGCGUUGAGGAGGGCAGUCCUGCACACGAGGCAGGAUUGAGGGCAGGUGACCUCAUCACUCACGUCAACGGAGAGUCGGUCCAGGGUCUCGUACACACUGAGGUGGUGGAGCUUUUGCUUAAGAGUGGCAACAAGGUGACCCUCCAAACCACUGCUCUGGAGAACACGUCUAUCAAGGUUGGACCUGCUAGAAAAGCGAGCUACAAGGCCAAGAUGGCCCGGCGGAGCAAAAAGAGCAAAAGGAAGGACGGACAAGACAGCAGACGACGCAGCAUCUUGAAGAAGCUGUCUAAGCAUACACCGCCUCCACCCAUGCAGAGCAGUCGUAGCUUCUCUUCGGGGUUCCACCAAUCAUCUAGUGACAGCCUCUCUGGCUCACCAACACAAAGCCUCUCUCCUGGGCCUUCAACACCUUGUCGCUCCCCAGCCCCUGACCACUCUGGAGAUUCAAGUUCUUCUCCUUGCUCCAGCUCUCCAAACUCGCCCGUACCGCAGGCUCGUCCCAGUUCUCUUCACGUCUUGGGUCGCUACACAAAAGCUGGUCGUUGCAAGUCCACCAGCAGCAUCCCUCCUUCGCCUCUGGCCUGUAUCCCACCACCCCAAUCUCUUUCUCCCCAAUGCUCGCCAUCUAGCCUCCCAAGUCACCCCAAGUCCCUGCACAGUUUUCACGGCAAGACUUUGUCACCUCCUACAAUCGCUCGUCAUUCUGUGCGUCCUCGCAGCGCAGAACCGCCGCGCUCACCGCUGCUCAAGAGAGUUCAGUCAGCAGAGAAACUGACUGGUGACAAGAUGACUGGGGGUUACCACGGAGAUAGGAAGGCUUACAGCACCCGACGUCACACUAUGGAGGUGCCCUUGUCUGAGGGAGAGGGGCUGGAGGACCUAGAGGGAGACAAAGCUACAGGGUUUGUUUGCGUAGGCGAGCACGGCCGCCAGGGCCUACACAUUGGAGGACAGAGAGGCCACCAGGACACAGCCAGCGGAGGCAGCGAUCACCACCGCUCUGCUGCCUUGCCACAACACCGCAGCACCAACAACCACUCAAAAGAGAUGGUGGUGAUGAGGAAGCUGGCUCUAUCAGAGCGCAGAGACUCCUUCAAGAAACAGGAGGCGGUCCAGGAAGUGAACUUUGACGACUUGGAGGAGGCAGCUCUAAGCCCCACGCUUCCUGUCACACAGUCAAAGGCGUUCAAGGCAUCCUGGAUCAACUCGUCACAGUCGGAACCCAGCGGCAAGCUGGGAUCACAGGGUACCACACCGCAGAAAACCAAGUCAAAAGACAAAGAAGGGCGUUAGUUGUUCAGUUUUAUUUUGCAGGGAUCACAGGUCAGAGAAGAUGAGGCUUUGACCUGCUAUCGUACUUGCAUUUAAAGGCCUUGCAUGUGUCCAGAAAACUGUGACCAAGUCCCACAUCAUCACAGAAACAAAGAAGAGUCUGCAUUUCUCCGUACCAUACGCAUCCUCCAACACUGUUAACAGAUUAAUGACUGCCAAACGAUGUUUACUUCAGAGUUGCUCGAUUUCUCUCUCAGUUCUCAAAUCACUGUGGCGCCUCUAACGGAUGUAAUUGUAAAUAUUUGUUGUUUUAAACGAAGAAACUUAUUUAUGACUUUUUAAUGAUUGUUUGUUUUUGUUUUGUUGUUUUUUAAUUUGUUUGUUUUAUUGUUUUUUUUUUAAGUUGCUAAAAAUGCCUCGGACGCUUCAGCUGUUCUAUUUUUAGGAAGUGCACAGGAGAAAAGCCAGGCAACAACUUCUCAGUGUGGUCUUAGUAGGUAUGGAGGGAAAACAAAGAUAAUAUUAGUCAAUAUUGCAAUAUUCAUAUGAUUCUUUUUUUUAUACUGUUGUGUGUGUGCGUGCGUGUAUGCGUGUAACGGGGUGUUGUUUCAUAUACAGACUGUAGUGCUCAUCCUGCACUGUAUAUGCUAAAAAAUUCCAUAACACGUUUUUUGCUGCCUCUCUGAAGAAAUCUAUCAUGCGGAUUGUGAUCGUGACGAUUCGGAGUCAUUGUUUCUCGACGCAGGGCAUGUACAAAUCGGAACAAAAGAAAAAUAACAACAUUGCAACAGUUGUCAGCUAAGCUGUGGCGCCAAAGCAUGGUUUAGCUUAAUAAUAGGUACUGUAGUUGUACAUAAGAGGCCUCAUGUAUGCUUGGGUCUACUGCCACUGGCUGUCCUGUUUUUUUGUUUUGUUUUUGUAUCCGUGCUGCCACCCGUCUGUAAGUUGUUUAAAUUAUAACCUGAUCAACACGCAGGUGUGUAGAUAAAGCUUUGUGGCUACCUUCCCGGCUGCUGCAUCCGACCUCUGAUACCUUUGUGAACCUAACCUCCGUCCAGCUCCUUACAAGCGUAGUCUAGCAGAAGUGUUUGCACAAGUCGUAGCUGCCGUGUAACAGUGAGAGUACAUUUAUAUUUCAGGGUGAUCUCUUUCUCUGUGGGAUUCAGAAAUUGUACAGUGGAUGCAACAAACAAAUCUGGCUCACUUGGCUGUUUUUUUUGUUUUGUUUUUUUAUGUGUUUUAUGGAUGAAUGUUUACAUUUCAAUGCAAAUAUGUGGGUGGACUUCAGUGGAAUCUGUUAAAUUAUUGUAUGGGGAUAAAAGAGAGGGGAGGCGCAGGAGAGGCAGACCUGAGGCCCUGGGUGGAUGAAGGAAUGAUUCAGUGGUAAUCUCCUUUUUGUAUAUUUUGAUAUGGAAACAGUCUUGUUGCAGUACUAAUUACCUAUGCUGUUGUAUGUCAUAUAAACAAUGGUGGACCUUAUAACAGCUAUCAGUGAAAUGUAAGGGUGGAUGGACUCGUGUAAGAUGUGAGUUAAGUGGCAUGGCUUUAAUCCCAAGUUGCAAUUGACUUUAAAGAGUUGUGCAUCUUUUACAUCCCAGUAAAUCUCCAUGGUUUUACUCUAGAUUUUGAGAGCUUGGAAGUUUUGAUGGAUAGGCCUUGAAUUCUUGAAUUUGAGGCUUUCAGCUUUAAAAUUUGUUUUUUACGGUGAGAUAUAAACAAAUGGUAUUUGGUUUUCCAUUAUGUACUCUUUAACUAGUUUUUACUUUUAAAAAAAAACAUCUAAUCCUGUUCUUGUUUCUGUUUGUUUUUUUUAUUAGUAGUAUUGUUUUACUCCAAGAACUGUUUGGAUUAGCAACUAAAAAAAAUCAAACAAAGUGGUUAGAGAAGAGGAAUUUGUUGAUUGUUCCUCUUUUUGUGAAGGCUCACAUCUAUGUUUUGCAGUCAAGGGAGAUUUAAAUAAGGGAUUUCUCAAAGAAUUUCAGCAUAUUGAACCUUGGAUAAAGGUUAUGUUGUGUGAAUGAAAACGUGGACCUUUUUUCACUGUACUUUAGGGAGAAAUGUGUGUAUGUGGGUUUUAUCACUAAAUUUCUGAUGCAAUAUACAUUUUAAUAUGUUCUUAGUGUUGAAUUGCUUUAUUUUUCAUUGUAGUAUCCCAUGACUUUUGUUGGGUCACCCUGUUAAACUUUUAUAAAUCAGGCACAGGUCUGAGCAGCAGCCCAUUUUGCAUCAAAUGAAGCAUCAGAGUGAACUCCUUGUCUCUGAUCGGCUUGUGCGUUCAUGUGUAUGACAAAUUCACUGUAACAGCCCCCACCCUUCACAUUUUUCACUUGUGUUUUUGUAUUGGUGUGCCCCACCACCAUCACCACUCAACCCCCUUGUCUCUACGUGGCAAACUGCCCUUUGUGAAAUGCCUACCAUGUGGGUAUCUGGUGCAGACUGGUGUGACAUUGUCUGUUAUUCUCUUGUCUCAACAGUGCUUGAAAUAAAUGAAUUUCCAGAGGACUGGAAAGUCCAAGACUACAA